UUUCAGGGGGCGGGCGAGAAUGAAGCUGAACGAGAGAAGCCUGGCGUUCUACGCCACGUGUGAUUCCCCCACCGACAAGGCCGGCUUCCUCCACAAGAAGGGCGAGCGCAACACGGCCUACCACAAGCGCUGGUUCGUGCUGAAGGGGAACAUGCUCUUCUACUUCGAGGACCGAGAGAGCCGAGAGCCGGUCGGGGUCAUCGUCCUGGAAGGCUCGACGGUGGAGCUGUGCGAGUCCACGGAAGAGUUCGCCUUCGCCAUUCGCUUCGGCUGCGCCAAGGCCCGCACCUAUAUACUGGCGGCUGAGAGCCAGGCGGCCAUGGAGGCGUGGGUGAAGUCCCUCUCGCGGGCUAGCUUCGGCUACCUGCGCUUGGUGGUGAGGGAACUGGAGAAGCAGCUGGAGGAGAUGCGGCGUUGUGACUUCUCCGGCUCGCACCGGGUCCAGAGGAGGUCCCCCGUUUACCGGAAAAACAGGUCUGCUCCCAAUUUGGAGCCAGCCGCCUCAGGCCCCGCCUUCCCUCACGAGACACCGACGCUCCCGAUUUGUGUCCCGCCGAAAGAAAACGGCUGUGCCUUGUGGUAUAAUUGUGAGGGGCCUCGCAGCCUGCCGAGCGGCUACCCAUCGGUCGAUCGAGGCACUUCUGGGGGCAACAGCCACGAGGGGGGCCUCAAGCCUCCGCCUUUGCCGCCACGGAAAAGAGCCUCCUCAGGGAAUUCCUGUGGCACCAGAGGCUCUGGGACUGAAGGCCUCGGGUACCAGGACGGCGCUUGCUUUUCCCAGCUCCACAACUGGUACGGCCGGGAGAUUCUUGAACUGCGACGGGUGUGGCUGGAGGGGCAGAGGGGCAGCAUCGUGUGAGCCAGAUCUCGGGUCGAGGCAGCAUCCUUGGAAAGACUGAGGUGGCUUGGAGUCUGGCAGGGCGUGACAGGCGGGUCAUCGGGUGCCGUGACAGAAUCUCCGGCUGCUGGAAACUUUGCUUCUCUCCUCGGUCCUGUGCUGAAUGUUCCGAUCCCCUGCUCAGGGAAAGCACCCGCUGCAAACUGGCACGAUGUCCCCUUGCCCAAAGGCUGGUGGCUUCCGUCUCCCCGGAGUCCUAGCAUUUAUCAAGAGAGGACACUUUUAGAAAGGCCUGGCUUAACAACGGUCGCCCUCCGGCUACCUAAAACGAAGCAGGAGACGAGCUUGAAAGCAAAAAUCCCGGGCAGUCCGAACAAAGCAGACCUAUGCUGGAUGCAUCGAUUGCUUGAACUGAAUCUUCCCUUGUUGGCAGGGGACUCUAUGAAGGCGGGGUCCUUUUGUGCUAUACGGGACAGACGUAGGUACAUUUGGAGAAAUGGUAGCAAUAACAUGGGUCUUGUAUGGAUGUAUUUGCAAAACUGUAAUUCCUAAAGUUUUUUUAGAAAGUUCA